AUGAUAAAGAAGGAUUGGGUGGAGUUACCUCCACACAGUCAAAGUUAUAAGGACGGUGUAAAUUACUUUUUGGAUAUUGCAUUCACCAAAGGAAUGGUUGAAGAAGAAGAGAUUUUGUGUCCUUGUUCUGUAUGUUGCAAUGAUAGUUGGGAAGUAAGAGAUGUAGUGUAUGACCAUUUAUGUAGUAAAGGAUUUGUAAAGGGAUACACUGAAUGGAUUUAUCAUGGUGAAGAUGAGAGUCUUAUAGAUCUUGAUGGUGAUAGUGAUGAUGAAACAUCAUCUCAUGAUGAUAUCGAUGGCUUACUAUUUGAGACAUUUAAAGAUGUGGCUGAAGGAGGUGGAGUACAUGAAGGGAUAAAUGAAGAUGCAAAGAAAUUUUAUAAACUAGUUGAUGAUGCAAAUCAAGAGUUGUAUCCUGGUUGUGAAAAGUUUUCCUCGUUAUCAUUCACUAUUCGAAUUUAUUUGUUGAAAUGUCUCCAUGGAUGGAGUAAUGCAUCAUUCACUGCUCUCGUAGAGUUGUUAAAAGAGGCUAUGCCAGAUUUGAACAUCCCUGUCUCUUUCAAUAAAACAAAAUCUAUGAUAAAAGAUUUGGGCUUAGACUAUAAAAAGAUUGACGCAUGUCCGAACAACUGCAUGUUGUUUUGGAAAGAUCACGAGAAAGAUGAUUCAUGUCAUAUUUGUGGCACGUCAAGAUGGAUUGAAUAUCCUGAAGUUGCUAAUGAUCUUGAAGAAUCUAUAAAAGCUCAUAAGAUUCCCGCCAAAGUUCUAAGACAUUUUCCAUUGAUUCCAAGAUUGAAAAGACUUUUUAUGUGUUCAAAGACAGCUGAUACAUUGAGGUGGCACGCAGACCAUCGUUCAAGGGAUGGGAAGUUAAGGCAUCCAGCUGAUGCCCAAGCAUGGAAAGACUUUGAUGCCAAACAUUCAGAUUUUGCUCGUGAAACUCGUAACAUCAGACUUGGGUUGGCAAGUGAUGGGUUUAAUCCAUUUAGGACCAUGAGUCUUUCACAUAGCACAUGGCCUGUUGUAUUAACAGUAUAUAACUAUCCGCCAAUAUUAACACGUGAAAAGGAAAAAAGAGAGUCCACUCAAUCAGAAAUGUUUGUUGAAACUCGAAAAGGAAAUAAAGGAAAGGAACUGAAUGUAGAAACUGGAAAAGUAAUUUCCCAACUUCAAGAAAUGGUUGAAAAGGAGGAAAGUGAUACAGAAGCUUUUAAAGUUUUUUUUGGAAAGGAGUGUCCAGGCAGGGUACGCUGUUAUGGGAGAAACAUAACUAAAACUUCCUUAAAGAGAAAGGCAGAGAUUAAUGCUUUGAAACAAGCCCACAAUGAAGAGGUCUCUAUAUUAAGGGACGAGUUUCAAGAUAAGAUUGAUAGAUUGCAAAAUGCUUUUAAGACCGUAAUACAACAAUGCAAUCCUCAAAUUAAUAUAGAGUCAAUUGAAGAUUUGUUAGGAUUAUCUCAUGGAGAUGCUAAUAGUUCCCCAAAGGAUAUAAGACCGCAAAUGCAUUCAUCUACAUCAACUCAUGCUCCAUGUCAUGGAAAGCAAUGUAUCAACGAAGAUGUUGAAAAGGACGAUAUAAAUGAUGAAAUUCAAGAGGACGACAUAAAUGAUAAAAUUCAAGAGGACGACCUAAAUGAUAAAAUUCAAGAGGACGACGUAGAUGACGAAUUUCAAGAGGACGACAUAGAUCUAGAUGAUGAAUUUCAAGAGGAGGAUAUAGAUGGUGAAUUUCAAGAGGACGACGUAGAUGAAGAAUUUAUGGAGGAUGACAUAUCUAACGAAUUUCAAGAGGACGAUCUGGAUGCUUUACUCCUAGAAGACAAACUUGAAUGA